AUGGGAAACUGCUGCUCAGUGACCUCGGAGUCCUGCGCAGUGACGCAGACCUCAAACACCGACGCAGACGAGGACUACGACUGCCCCAUCUGCCAGGACAUUUACAGUCUACCCGUCUGCAUCACAAGCUGCAGACAUGUGUUCUGCAAAACAUGCUUAGAGACUGCAGUGCAAAGCCUGGGGCCUCGCUGCCCAGUGUGCCGGACCUUUGUGUCCGAGAGACCACAGAGGGCCACUGACGUCCAGGAGAGGAUGAGAAAGAAGAAGGGCAAAUGCAGAGCCUGUGGAAAAAAAAAACUUCUCAGCCAGAUAAGGCUCCAUUACGAAAGCUGCAAGAAAUACAAAAAGGAAUACGGACUUAUCACUGAUCCUGCUCCCCUGACCCCUGCCCAAACACAAGACAACACUGGAAUUAUGCCCAACGUCCCGCUUCCCACAUCCAGGACCAGCGGACUGCUUGAGAUCGCGCUGCGCCAGCCUAAUGCAGCACCACAAGGACAGAGAGCCGGGAGAGUGUACCCGUGUCCGUUCUGCCCCCUGGAGGAACUAAGCAACACAGCACUGGUUCAGCACUGCACAAACCAACAUGCAGGAGAAAUGUGUCCGAUCUGCAUGAGCAUUCUGCGGAGGAACACUCGCUACUCCACCCACAACUUUGUUGCUGACAUGCUCCGAAGGCACUCCUACAGCUAUGCUGACUACAUGAAUGAGGAAGAGGAUGAAGAAGGUCGGUUUCGUCAGGCACUGCAGACUUCGGCCCAGGAGUUUUGA